CAGCAAAAUGCGCACGGGAGGUUGUGUUUGUUCGAUCGUCUUUGUGGGAAGUACGGCGUCUUUGUAUGGUGGAAGGCUGGGAGAUCUCAGUCGACAUUCUUGCCCGUUAUUCUCGGCAUAUUGUAUAAAACACUUAUGAACGACUUAAAGUAGAUAUUACAAUCAUUAGGCCACACUUUAACAAGAGAUUUAAGAGGAUUGUUCAUGUGAUUCAUUGAAAUUUUACAUGUUCCUAUAUGUGUUCGAUAUGGUUACAGGCUUGAGUCUAAACAUUUGCUAUGGAAGUUCAGAAUGCAUCGGCCGAUAUCAGUUUGGGAUUUCAGCUGAACGGGGAUGAAAAGGAUACAGAUAAUUGUUGUUACAAAAGGCUCAUUAAAAGGAGAGUUGAAAAUGGCUUCUUAAAUGAAGUUUACGGCAAAUCCACAAGGCCAGGAAAAGGUGCAGUUGUGUCCAAUUGGACCGGUGUUGCUAGAGUGUUAUCAAAAAGGUCUCACACCAAUUCUACAGAUUCGGACUCACGGAAUUCCAAACUUAAGGAUACUAUUCAGCUUGAAGAUUCUGAUAUCACAGGCGAAGAGAAAAGGAAAUUGCCUAAUGGUGAUGAUUGGCCCAUUUUAAAUGGUAAUCGUCGCAUGAAUUUAAGAAUCACAGUGGAACGAUGUAAAAGCAGGUUGUUAAAUGGAGAAGUUGUGACAAACCAGAAACAAGAUGCAGAAGAACCAAACGAACAUCAUGGGAUAGAGAUUUUCACAGAUAGGAAAUGUCAGGCAACUACAAACGGACGCUGUAAAUUAAGAGCAGAUGAGCAAGUCAAUGUCGAUUUGGUGUCAUUUAGACCAAAUGACAGCUGCAAAUUUUCAGUGUUCGAAGAACCCCGCAAUGAAAAAGUCAAGGCCGCAGAUGAAAAUUCAUGUAAAUGUAAUGUAUUGCAAACAGCUAAAAAAAAUCACAAAGUCACUCCGGGUGUUAAUGUGAGCCUGCGAACUGAUUAUCAGGAGGUAAUUUACGGAUCCGGACUUCACACAGCUAAUGGCCCGGUUGGAAGCGAAGCCGAUGGGUUUGAUGGGGAUGAAGUCAUGGGAAGGGCUAUCACUGACACCGCUUUCGCUAGUAAUCCAGUUAGAUUAAAGCAGAAAUAUGAAGAUUCUACACCAGGUCUUUCAUCUAAUUGCGAAUCUUUCUUACAUGACAACAACAAUAGUAAAAAUCUGCAUUGUGAUACACAGUUGCCAUUAAAUGGGUUUGUUGCAAAGAAAUUAAGAGGCAAUGACAUUUCAUAUAGAGAAACGGCCCCUACUACCAACUCCUUAUCCCGAGAGACUUGUGAUAGUGUUAUCAACAGUAAAGUACCUAGAGAGCAUCCUUGUUGUACAUUCAAAAGCAUUUGUAAAGAUGCUGAUCAUUUUGAUGAUGUAUCGAUUCAGAGUAGAGUAUGUAAAAAUGAUCCGAAGAAACAGAAUUUAUUUUUAAUCGAUAUUGAAAAAGAUGCAAUUAAAGAUGGCGAUAUGAUAGACAAUAAAGGCUGUACUAUGACAACAGACAGUGUAGCAAAAAGUGAUAAUUUAGCAAAAGCCAAUGACAGCGGCAAUAAAGACGUGAAUUCUGAUUGCCUUUGCAAAUGGGUGAAUUGUAAUGCAAUGCUCAAUGAUGCAGUAGAGCUUAAAACUCACGUCAAAGAGAUGCAUGUAAAAACGAUGGCUGCAAGUGACUUGUUCUUUUGUUUUUGGAAAGGAUGUAAAGUUUAUAACAAACCUAGCAGCUCUUACAAUUGGCUUGUAAAACACGUCAACACACAUGUAGGAAUUAGGCCCUUUCAAUGUGUUAUAGAACCUUGCGAUUUAUCGUUUGCUUCUCACAGUGCCUUGGUGAGGCAUGUGCAAUCACACUUUAAUGAGCGUUCAAAAUAUUAUAAAAAGACAAAAAGCUUUUCAAAAGAAAGUUCCGUCAGCCCGUCUGCAAAGUGCAAAGAGGACGAAACAAUGUCAAGUUCGGAAUCGACGUCAAGCAAGGAUUUGAGGAAAAGGAGGCUGAAAUUCUUCAUGAGGAGAACGAGGCCCGUGACAGCAUAUGAUACCAACGACGGUUUUGAUAGGGAUUCAAUGGAUUAUGUAAAGAAGAAACUGGUUAGCAUCGAUUCAAGUAGUUAUCAAAUCAACGGACAACACUGUAAUGUAAUCCAGCCCCUUGGCAGACGAACUUCAGAUAAGGGGGAAGUCCAGUAUUUGAUGACAGUGGGUGCAGACAGAAAGCAACUGGAAUGGCGGAAUGAAAGAGAUGUUCUCUUUGAUGGGUCCUUGCAGUUUCCAGUUUCAAAAUUACCAACGAAGCAACAGGAGCAGAUGUACGAAGGAAUAUUUGGCACAAAGGUAAAGCGACAUCGGAGGAAAGUAAAAAGGUUAUCUAUUAACUUAUGAUUAUUGAUUUUAAUGCUGUUCAAAUGUAAAAAAGCUUUAAUUAAAGUUCGUAUCUUGCAAGCAUUUUAAAUAAAUUAUUGUAUUGCUGGCGUUAUGCCUUAGGCUUUGUUAAAAUUUGGAAAUAUGUAUGUUUCAUCGAUUAAAAUGGAUCCAAAAUAUAGGCCUUGUUGUUCAUCGUGCAUCAGUUUGUGACAAAAUAUUUGUCACCACCUCAAAACAAGUAGGUUUCACUAUGAUAUCAUCUCUCUCGGUAGCAGUAGUUCCAAGUUUGACGUCACACCCUACCCCAAUAUACGAAGUACCGCCUUUAUACUGGGUUAUAUAUUGUGUGAGAAUGUUUCUGUCUCAGAGGGUAAGCUCGCUAUUCCAGCGCCUGGUCCGCAUUUUAGCGCGUAGUCCCUAUUCAUGAGUUAGGACACUAGGUCUAAGUUUCCUGUUGCUAUAAUUGCAGCUGUUUUGUUUAUUAUAAUGAUUGGAACGGGUUGGUUAUUUUUGAAUUAGAACCCAAAACACCAGUCAAAGUCUGUUUAGAGCACAAGAAAGUCUUUAACCUCCUAGGCCAUUUGAAUUCCUGUUAGUCUUCCGCAAUUGUAAAUUCAUACGAUAUUAAAUACUGUUAAUAUGAAACAGGCCCAAGAUAGCCCAAGGCAAACUUCCGCUGGAUCUCGAAUUGCUUUCGACAUGCCACUGCCUGCCAAUCAUAUUUUAAACCAAAUUUAAUGGUGUUAUAACCAAAUUAGAUCGUUUCAUUUCUGUCUUGUGUUUUCUGCCGUAAUCUAUGGUUUCAAGUAUUGGCUUCGAAAAAUGAUGGGUUUUCGUGUUUUUUGUUUCACAAUUGUUCGUGAGUCACCAUCAAAAGAUGUUAAAAAGGAAUAUUCUUAAUCCAUUUAAUAAAUUUCACGGUUAAAGGCGAAUUAAACGAAAUGACAAUAGUACCCUGAAGCGCUAUGCCAUUAGAAGAGCUGGCAGUUCUAAAUGUUAUCACCACAGAAGCAUGUGUCUUAUCAGGUCAGCAAAGAAAUUAGCUGCGAUCAAAUUUAAGCUUGCCAACUAAGAAGAUGUUCCCAAGUUCUUAAAGCAGUAGAUUCUACUGUUUUCUAUGUAGUCUAGCUCUUUUCAGCUUUGCGUCAAUUUGAAAGGAAACAUUUGAAAAGGUUUUUUGGUAACAAAAAAGCAGUGGCAUGUCUACAGACGGGUUGUUUAGGGUUUGAUGAGGCAAUUUUCCCUUUUCCGCUUUUGUAUGAGUCUUACAAAACUCUCCUUAUCAAGCGGUGGUUUUUGAAUAACUCUCACAAAAUUAUCAAGCUUUACAUCUCAGUAACAGCAAGCGUGCUUUUUAUAGAAACCAUCAAAGCCAAAGUCCAAAAAAGGGCAGAACUCAGACGAUUUUCUUAGGGUCUCACCCAAUACGCUGUAUUUCCCUACCCCAUCAUUUGAAUUACAUCACUGCUUUAGGGUUUCCUUCACCAAAAACCAUUGGAAUUCUCAAUGGUUGUCACUCUGCUGGACAGGACACAACUCCAAGGACACAAACGCUGGAAGCUGUAGGAUACAUGCCAUGUAACACUCAAAGUUUUUACAGAUCACGAAAAAACCAAAAUAAUUUGAAUUUAUGUUAUACUCAUCAAAUCAAUUUCUGUCCAUUUUAUCCCUGAAUGUCCUACGCAAUUAGAUUUCUCAAGUUUCGAUUUCCUUUUUCUGUUUUCUUAAACUGCUAUAAAUCUGGUGUGAAUUAUAAACAAAGUCUGGUAUAAAUUGUUAAUAUGCAAAGCACCCUAGACAUUUGUAUAUCUUGACUAAUUGUUUUAACAAUGCUUUAUGCAUUUGCUUUUGCAGAAUUUUCGUUUCUGUGUAUUUUUGUUGUUACUUCUAUCCAAAUGGGUAAGCUUUGACUACCAAAACUGCCAUAAGACCUUUGUUGUGGCCCUUGGAUCAAUUGUUAUUGGCAUUAUGCUCUGUCUGUCACAUUAUCUGAGAAGCAUAAUACUUUUGCCCCGUUAUUCCUUUUUAGAGUAUUCGUAGCCCCCUAUUUUACCCUAAGUAUGUUUUAUUUUAAAUGCAGCCUUUCAAAUUUUCCCAUUAAAAGACUUAAUGUCUCUGCCGGAACUAUCCCUUGGCCUAACAAUCCUCAAUGCACUUCUCAAAUUUUUAUGCUUGUUAGGCUUGCUAAAUUCAUCAUCCUUAAGGCGAAGAUUAUUCGAUUCCCAUUACCUUUGGUUCUGCGAGUUUCCCUCAUUUUCCCUUUGUGUGUAGACAGAUUUUUACCAUAAUUUCCACAGCUAGGCCACAUAAAACCAACUGCAAAAUGGGAUUUUCUUGUGUCCAGUGUUUUCAGUUUAUCUAGGAAAGGUUAUAACAAAGUAUUUAUGGCUGUCGUCUAUGUUUGGACUUAAGUCCACAAAAAUAUUGUAAAUAUGAUCGUUAAUCUUGCUUUUAUCGCAGGCUGCUUGUUUAUAUCUAUUUGAAAUUUAAUUGCACGACAAUUGCUUGUUUAUAUAAAGCUAUUAUAAGAUUAUGAUAGAAAAAAAUUGUUCCAAAGAAUGUAACUUAUUCAUCGCCAUGAUUUUAACCCGUUUUAAGAACACGUCGUGUUAAUGUGUUUAAUUUAAAAGCCGGAUUUUGUGCUUA